GCUUGCAAGAAGGGAUCGGUGCCGGUCACAUCGGUCUUUCCUCAGAGGCUCAAAGGGCGCUGCCUAACGUAACUGCACAGCUUUUGUAGGCGUAGAAUAAACCCGGCCUAGCCCAGUCGGUCGGUCGUGUACAAAUUCGUAAAUUAGCAGCAGAAACCUCUUUAAAUUGCUGCUGUCUGUGCAGUUUAUUAUCCAGGCAGGGGGUGAGAUUAUAUUGUCACAGAUUUAAAAAACCCUCUGAUUUAAGACGAGCUUAAUGUACAGAAGCAUACAGUACUGCCCACAGCUGUGGGGUUUGGAAAGCAUGCAAGGCAAAUGCACUUAUACGUGUUCAGAGUUUUGGAUUCCUUUUUAAAUACGUUUAAUCCCCUGGGGCUGCAGGCAUGCCUUCUCUUUCUUCCGGGUUUCUUUUUUUUUCCCUUUUCUUCUCGCGGUCUGGAAAAUUUCCAUCUGCCAAGAAGCAGCCAGCCUGUAAUAGGGGCACAAUGCAUGUUGAACUACAGUUAAAUCGUUCACUUUGUUCGCUUUAAGCUUUGUAUUUCCGUGUCUGUCUGCAGGAACUAUUUCUUUAAGUUAAAUGUGUACAGAUUAACAGGAUCAGAUGGAGCACCUCAAAACAGAUUUCCAUUGACAACUGUCUAUCUUGGACUUUGGCUUUAACACCAGUGUCCCCUUUUAAACAACUCGGCCUUGUUUUGCCCAGAUAGGCUUGCCCUCUGUUUGCAAACGUAUCAGUUAGGAAGGCACAGACUGUUUUAUAUCCAACCGAAAGCAUAACUAUUUAGAUCACAGAAACUAAAGAUCAGGUUCCUACUCCUGACUUGCAGAGACACUUGAAAAGCAAAACCAUUGUCAGUAUUUAUACUUGCCUGGAAAAAAAGGCCUUUUGAGAAUUGAAUUUGAUAGGGAACAAAUGCAUUGAUUAGCUUGGGAUUUUGGAUUAAUCCUCUGAUUCAUGCUGUGGAUACCAGGAAAUCUAAAUAUAGCUAACAUUUCAUGUCCUCCUUUCAAGCUGACAGAAGUGAAACCAAGUGUGGGUUUUGAUAAUUGGCAGGCUUUCAAUUUGGUCGUGCUGUGUUUCACAGAAGGAAGUUAACAUACUGUUGUUAUGAGUUAACAGAAAAGAAAAAGCAACUCAAGAAAGUAAAUCAGUUUUUAAAUACCUCUAAGUAUGCUGAAAUAAGGGUGUGAUGUUGCUGUCACCCCACAAUAAAAUGGAAAAUAUUAAAAUUCCAGGUGUUUGGUUCCACUCACCUGGUGGCCUAGCCCACAUUCAUCUGGUGCAACAACAGUGAUUCCCAGCAUGGUCGGCCUUUUGCCAAGUUGACAGUUACUCACUAAGUGCUAAGUAAAGAAACCUUUCUUCAUCUAAGAAUUGCAUGAAAGGUAAACCAAGAGCUUCUAAAGCAACAUUCUUCGAGCUGUGAAGAACAAGUUUAAUGGCAGCCUCCAGAAAGUUCAUGUCACAGCCAUUGUCUACUGAAGCAGCCACUUAACAUUCCAGCAGCUGCGUAUCUUUUCUUCCUGAUCUUUUAUUCCUACGAAUCUCUGUGAAGACAAGUUAUGUCAACAGCUACUUUAAUUAAUUUGGUACGAAACGGAGGGUAUCAAGUAAGAAGGAGAGCCGUGCUGACGUCCCGCCUCUUGCAAGACGAGAAGCGUCCGACAGCCGCCUGCUACAGCUCCACCUCCGAGCGCCGUGCUUCCCGCUUUGAUCCAGACGGGAGCGGGCGACCUACCACAUGGGACACAUUUGGCAUCUGGGACAAUCGCAUUGACGAACCUAUUCUCCUCCCACCAAGCAUAAAGUAUGGGAAGCCAAUUCCAAAAGUCAGCCUGGCCAACGUGGGCUGCGCUAGCCAUAUUGGGAAGCGUAAGGAAAAUGAAGACCGGUUUGAUUAUGCUCAGCUGACGGAGGAUAUCCUAUACUUUGCAGUAUAUGAUGGACAUGGCGGGGCAGCAGCAGCAGACUUCUGUGAUAAGUACAUGGAAAAAUAUAUUAAAGAAUUUCUUGCUGAGGAGGAGAACUUGGAAAAUGUUUUGAACAAAGCUUUUCUAGAAAUAAACAAAGCAUAUGAAAGGCAUGCUCAUCUGUCUGCUGAUGCAACUCUGGUGAACUCUGGGACCACUGCAACAGUGGCUCUGCUCCGGGAUGGUAUUGAGCUGGUUGUGGCAAGUGUGGGAGACAGUCGUGCCCUGCUGUGUCGAAAGGGAAAGGCCAUGAAACUCACCAUUGACCAUACUCCAGAAAGAAAGGAGGAGAAGGAAAGGAUUAGGAAGUGCGGUGGCUUCGUUGCCUGGAACAGUUUGGGACAACCUCAUGUGAAUGGUAGACUUGCAAUGACGCGGAGCAUAGGAGAUUUGGAUCUUAAAAACAGUGGUGUGAUAGCCCAGCCAGAAACAAAAAGGGUUCAGUUGCAUCAUGCAGACGACAGCUUCCUGGUCCUUACCACAGACGGUAUUAAUUUCAUGGUGAACAGUCAGGAGAUCUGCGACUUCAUUAACCAGUGCCAUGAUCCUGCUGAAGCUGCCCAUGUUGUUACUGAGCAGGCAAUGCAAUUUGGCACUGAAGACAACAGCACAGUUGUCAUAGUGCCAUUUGGAGCGUGGGGAAAGUACAAAAAUGGUGAGAUCAACUUCUCCUUCAGCCGCGGUUUUGCUUCCAGCGGGAGGUGGGCGUGAAGACCUGCCACAGCUAUCUUUUCCUGCCAUAAUCUGGACACAGUGUGCUACAGGAGAACACAUCCAUCUGUUCAUAGGUUGACUCGGUGUCUUGUCCAUCUCUUCUGUUCCCAGUGUUACAGAAGAUGCCACUGCUCCCUUGGUGCGUAAUGCCCCAUUGUUGCUUACGCCUGAUCACAUUUUGCUGCGUUUAUUUAUUCCAGUCAGCAUUGUGGCAGCUAUUUCUUUGGGUUUGUAGUCCCAGCAGCUCUGCACAUCACUUUGUUCACAUAGACAAGGCUCUGGGCUUUCACCUAAGGCUGGAGGUGUUGCACAAUUUUUUCAUACCUACUUGUAUUACCCAGGACCCUUAGUUAACUGGCAGCUGUGUAAGUCUGAGUCUCUGAGCCACAUGCUUGCUUCUUUGUACGCAGGGGAACAAACGCACAGUGUUCUUAGGUAGACAGAAAGUAGGUUUGUUGUCGUCCUCUGCUGUGCAGCCACCGAAAACUCCCCUGUGCUUCAGGAGAAGCUGGUGAAAAACAAGGGAGAAAUUUCAGAUGUGUUUAGGUUCUGAUGCCAGUGGCAUUUGGUGCAGCUGAACAACUUCUGAGACAGUGCUGCUUUGCCGGGCUUUGUGCUCUCACCACCAUCAUCUGUGAUCCUCUAUUUCCAAGGAGACAGAGCAGGCUGGAGCCACGUGCUGUUGGACAGAGGGGAACGUUUUUCUGUUGGGUCUGAAGCCUGUAUGGUCUCUGUGGACCACGCAGCAGCCCCUUGCACUGUCUUCUCUUUGGUGUGCCAGUGCUUGACAGGAGCACAGAGGAGGGAAAAAGCUGCACGUUUUUGAUAUCCAGAGACUUUCAUCAACUUGAAUUUCUUUUUUUUUUUUUUUUAAAAGAAAACCAGCUAAUUUCAAAGAGUUUACUAAUCAAGAUUCUUUGGAUGUGUAAGACAGGAGAGUUUAUUUCUUCAUGAAUAUAUGAGGAUUUUCCUGCCCUCUGCUGAAGGUUUCUUUCAGUUAGUCAUGAUCUCCUGUGUCUCUUCAUGGUAUACAGGGAGUUGUAAAAUGCCCAAAGCAAGCAAGCUAGAGAAAGGAGAGAGCAUUAUAAUAACGUAAGGUAAUUUUUAUAAGUUUUGGGUAUUGUUUCUCAUAGGUGUCAGAUAUUCAGGCACCAGAAGGUAGUUUUAUACUUAAAGGAAGCGUUUCCAGUUCCCUUUCUGGAGGGAGUCUGCAUCCAGUGAGGCAUCGGGGGCCAGAGCUCUGAGCCAGCUCUUAUCAUUGCUGUGACAUGGUCUGCAGGUGACAUGUUGGCAGCAGGUGAAAAUCUGUCCCAGCAUGCCUCGUUCAGACCUCCUUCUUCCUCUGCUCCAUAUCAGGUAUGCAGCUCCUGUGGCCUCUGAGUCACCCUGUUGCAAUGAAAUACAGGCAGAGAAGAAUUGGGCUCUUCUCAGGCUUGCCGCAAUAUUUUUCGUUACAUGGAUGUUUCCAACAGCACAAUUAUAAAAACAAAACAAAACAGUGAAAGAGAAGUUGCCUGAUACUAAAUCACCUUGCAAUAAGGAAAAAUACUUCUGAGAUGCCUGGCCUGAUUCUCAUUUUCCAGUGUGAAGUAUGCAUCUUCAUUGCUUUUAGCCCUUUCUUUUUAGCCCAGGGUUACACCUUAGGCAGUCAUUCCAUAUGUUUUUCCUUGCCUCUGGUUCAAGGCCUAGCAGCACCCAGCAGAGCACAGUGUUGUACUGACAACAUUAAGUACUAGGUGUUUAGAGAGUACGCUGGUUUUGUCCCAUCACCGGGUGUAUUACGUGGUGUACAUAAUGUGUAUAUUUGGUUUAUAAGUACAAAGAGCCUGUGAGUUGGUAUAUGUAAAUCUCUGUUGUAUUGGAUGCUGUUGCCCAGGCCUCCGUAAGGAGCACAUCAGUCAGUUACAAUAAUAAUCCCUUCUCUCUCCCCAGAUUUUCCCCAGGGUUGGGCUUCAGUCUUCACCUGAGGUCAGAAUGUUUGCUGGUCGUGGUCCUGGGCUCAGCCUUGCUUACCUGAGGCAGAGGGGCACUUUUAGUUGUUACCAGCGAGAGCAGGUUCUCAGUCUGCGGCAAGUUUGAAGAGUCCCACAACCCAUUUGUGGCAAAAAUGGCAAAACGUAGCCUCUCUCAAGCACUUGAGGAGAGGUCAAACCCGACAGAGGUUCAGAGAGCUGCUUGGGGAACAUGGUUAUGAUCAGUUUGCACUGCAGCAUGAACAGCUGACAGCCUUUCUCCUGCCAAAGAAGUGACCUGCUAAAACAGCAAGUCUGAUAGUUCCUAGCGAAGGGUUAACCACAGCACACAGGAGUCUUACUCUGGGCACAGGGAAGGGUUAAGAGUCAAGCUCUGGAGAGGGAGUUGCUGUGGGGUGGCUUUGGUAUCAAGUGUCAGACAGGCUUGAUCCGGUGCUGGUGCUGCCGGGAUUUGGACAAGCUCCAUCGACGCUGUCCUGUUCCAAAUGCUGCUCACUUCUGAUCGGCUGGCUAGCCUUCUAUCCAGACAGAAGAUAUUAAGGGCGCUGAGGGUGUUUGUGACACAUACACAUUGAUUUUUUGAGCAGUGCUGGAUACUUGCCAAGCUGAAGACAUGAUGUUAAAUGCAGGCUGCUAAUGAAAAACAUUGCAAAUGAAAAGCAGGUACUCAGAGGAAUGACCUGGUGGUUAGAGUAGCUUCUAAACAUUGACCCAGAUGUAACAUGAAAUGACAGUUUUUCUUCUCAUUGGAGGUUUUGGGGCAUAUUUUUGUUUUAUCCCUAUCUUGUUGCCUGAUUGCAUUGAGAACAAAAGUGGUUGGGUGCUUUCAUUUCUUCUAACGGAGUGGUUAUCCUCUCAGAGGAAAGAUCCAUCCAUAACUUCUUUUAAGUUUUAUAAAGGAAGGGAUAAGACAAAGCUUUGCAAAAUAGGAAAUGAUUAGAGAAAGAUGUAUUGGCAGUUGCUAUGGCUGCCUUUAUACAAUCACAGAAAAACUUAGAUUGGAAAGGACUUCUGGGUGUCAUCUAGCCUAGCCUCCUGCUCAAAGCAGGGCUAACUUCAGAAUUGCAUACUGCAGUGAAGGGAUGUCUCCUGACAUGGAAAUGCAGUGCCUGAAAAUGGAUGGGAGAAAGAAUUUAGCAUGCAGUGUGGUUUACCUGUGGAACCACUUAAUUAUAUUGAAGUUGAAAACUUACCAGUAUUUCACAGGCACUUUGUAUAGCUACCAAUAAACUUCACAAAUAAAUUAGCACAUACAUAAAACUAAGAUAUGAGCCAUUUUGCUCUAAGCAAAAACGAAUCAGUAACUGACAGGAAAUUACAGAGGUGCAUUUCUUAUGUACAAGUUAUUCCCUGCCUGUCCACUCUAGUUUUCUGCAUCUCAUUCUGAAGUAAAUGAGCUACUAAUGAAGAGGAAAUGCUUUGCCAAGUGGCCCAAUAGUCUGCCUGUUCCUUCUUCCAUUAAGUACAGAGGUACCUUUACACUAAUUUGUGUGGAUUCCCUAUUUCCUGCUGCACAUGACAAGACUCUGAGUGCCAGCUUGAAAAGCAUAGUGUUUUGUAGAAAUGCCAUUACCAGCACCGUUGGUCUCUGCCUCCUGAGCCACAAUGCUGCUUUUUCCUACCACGAUGACAGUGAACUCCCCUAAGAUUUAGUGGCAACUGCACCAAACCUUGUUUUUCUCCAAGAAGUCGGGAAAACCCUGCAAUUUCUUGGGUGAUGGAUUUUUCAUGAUUUGCCACUUCUCACUGAAGAGUCAGAAUAAGUCCCUGCCCUUGCAUCAGUUUUGGGGCUGUUUUGACACUGAUACUGUGUUGGCACAGUGAGCUUUGCCCACGCAUUCAUGUGUGGAGACAGAGGUGUAUGGCACUGAAUUUGGAGUGUAUGGACUAUGAAGUCAGUGGAGUAAAGCCACGUUGGGGAAAAUGGAAGUGGUUUGUUGUAGCGGUAACAAGGGAUCAAAUUAGCAGUGCUGUGGUAACAUCUGGCCAGCAAACCUCUGGGCAUAGGGGCAUAGUACCACUAGAGCUAGGUACUGCUCUGCUGUGAUGAAGCUGUACUUUGUGGUGGGUUGACCUUGGCUGGCUGCCAGGUGCCCACACCAAGCUGCUCUAUCAAUUCCCUCCUCAGCAGGAUGGCAGGGGAGAAAAUAAGAUGGAGAAAAAAAACCUCAUGGGUCAAGAUAAAGACAGUUUAAUAAAGCAGAAGCAAGGGAAAACAAAAGAUGUAUUCUCUACUUCCCAUCAGCAAGCAAUGUCCGGCCACUUCCUGGGAAGCAGGGCUUCAGCAUGCAUAGCAGUUGCUCCAGAAGACAAAUCUCAUAAUAACGAAUGCCCCCCCCCACCUUUCUCCUAGCUUCUAUUGCUGAGCAGGCGUCAUAUGGUACGGAGUAUCCCUUUGGUCAUUUUGGGUCAGCUGUCCUGGCUGUGUCCCCUCCCAAGAUCUUGCCCACCCCCCAGCCUACUGGUGAGGGGGGGAAUGUUGGAGAGACAGCCUUGAUGCUGUAGGAGCACUGCUCAGCAGUAGCCAAAACACUGGUGUGUUAUCAACACCUUUCUAGCUACCAAUACUGUGAGGGCUGUGUGGUGGGGUUUUGGUAGCAGGGGAGGGGCUGCAGGGGUAGCUCCUGUGAGAAGCUGCUAGAAGCUUCCCCGGCUCCAGGUUGGACCUCUGGCCAAGGCCGAGCCCAUCAGUGAUGGUGGUAGGGCCUCUGGGAUAACAAACACAUUUAAAAAGGGUAAACUGCAGUGAGUAGGGGGAUUGGAAUGUGAGAGGAACACCUCUGCAGACACCGAGGUCGGUGAAGAAGGAGGGGGAGGAGGUGUGCCAGAGGAGGGGAUGCCCCUGCAGCCCAUGGUGAGAUGGCAGGCUGUCCCCCUGCAGCCCAUGGAGAAUGGUGGAGCAGAUGCCCACCUGCAGCCUGUGGAGGAGCCCACGCCGGAGCAGGUGGAUGCCCCCAAAGAUGGCUGUGACUCCAUGGGAAAGCCCGUGCUGGAGCAGUGUGUUCCUGAAGGACUGCAGCCCAUGGGAAGGACCCAUGCUGGAGAAGUUUGUGAAGGACUGUCUGCUGUGGGAGGGACCCCACGGUGGAGCAGGGGACGAAUGAGGAGUCCUCCCCCUGAGGAGGAAAGAGCAGCAGAGACAAGGUGUGGGGAGCUGACCCCAACCCCCAUCCCCUGUUCCCCUGUGCUGCUGGGGGGGAAGAGGCAGAGAGAACCAGGAGUGGAGUUGAGCCGGGAAGGAGGGAGGGGUGGGGGAAGGUGUUCUAAGGUUUGGUUUUUACUUCCUAAUAUCCAUGGUUUGAUUUGACUUGUAGUAAAUUAAAUUGAUUUUGUUUCUUCCCCAAGUUGAGCCUGUCUCUUGCCUGUGACCGUAAGUGGUGAGUGAUCCCUCCCAGUCCUUAUCUCGACCCACGAGCCUUUCUUUAUAUUUUCUCCUCAUCCCACUGGGGCCUGGGGCAGGGAGGAAUGAGCGAGCGGCUUCAUGGUGCUCUCUUGGGCUUAAACCACGACAUGCUGCUAUGGGGAAGAUUAACUCCACCUCAGCCAGAGCCAAUACAUACUUGUAGGUUUUUUUCUAUCAUCUAGUCAAUAAACCUCUUGCUGCCUAUAGUAGCUCUGCAAGCAACCAGCUUUACACACCAGGGACCAGCAAAAUUCUCUUGCCUAGCAGAGAGCUCCUUUCAACUUGAGGACAAAGAACAAAUUGUCCUAACGACAGCAGUUGCUUAUCAGAGAGGUUUAUUAUUGAAGGAUCACUAGAGGUAUCUUACACUUUGAAUAAAAUGAAACAGAAUCUCAGUUUGCUCUCUACCUCCUUGUCUUUUCCUGGGCACCUGUUGUUUCAAUGGAAAGAAUGGUAUUUUUGUUUAUUACAGACUGAACUGAACAUUAAGGGUGACCUACUGAGCAAAGUGUAACAAGGGUUUGCUUUUUUCCUGCCUUUUAGGGGUGGAUUCUGAACUCCAUCGGAUCUGAUAAGAGUAUUUUCUUGCCUGAAGACUGCCCCUGGAGCAGUGAUCUCUCUCACUGUACAGGCACUGCAGGAGGGAGGGCUGUAGGUGCAGAAAGGCAAAAAUGCUGUCCAGCUAGAUACUAAUUUUUACUGUGAGGAUAUGGAAGGCACUGGGGGGGGGGGCUGGUGUUGCUGGAACAUUUACUAGGAGGGGUGUUGAGCCUGCAACUGGAGUUCCAGCUCAGUCUCUCCACCACCUGGAAAGGGCGGUUUCACGCUUUGCAGAGGGAACUCACUAAAAUGUCAUUUGCAGCCUUGAUUUAGGAGAGCUGGUAUCUCUGGAAGGUGAACAUAGUGCAAGAGAUUGAAAUUGGGAUGAGAUCUAAUAGUUUGUUUAAUACAGGGUCCUUGAUACAAUCAGUCCCUUUUGGCUGGAGAAUAAUCAGGGAGCACACUUUGUGGUUGAGAACGGGAGUGCAGAGAGAAAUCAGCAAUAUUACUUCUUUUUACAUACUUGGGGGAAAUGAAAAUUGUGAUGAGCUUAGAGUCAUUGGAGGAUUUCUGCUGACUUCCACAGGAUCAGGGUAUCAGAUCACCUUUUCUUGUCUCAGCAGGUGGAUGUACUGUGAUCAAAGGCAUUGGGAUUUCUAGCUAAGGGAAAAGCACAAAACAACAGAUACCAGUGAAACUGGUUUAAUAUUAAUUUUUCUUAAAUAAAUUAAUUUGGGCACUACUAGGUCCAUUGGUCACUUGCCCAACAAACCAAAUGUAUGGUAGAGCAGCACUCUGGGUACUCCUUGGUUCCGAAGCUGCUGUUCUCAAUGCAGAGGUACCCAGUGGGGUGUCCUUUUGACCCAGGAUAUCGAGUGGUUGGGCAGCGGUGCAUGUCAUAACCUACUACAGACUUCAGUGCAAUUGCAUACAUUCGUUACAUAGUUUGCCUUAGGACUGUGUAUAAUUCCUGCAGUUUGAUGUUUAUGUUUGGUGUAAUCGGUGUCCAUAAUUCAUCUACUUCCUAAUUUUAUAGUGGUGUCCAUUUUGCCCCCCCCCCCCCUUUUUUUUUUUUUUUUUUUAAUGUUUGUUUGUCUUCUUCAACUCAAAGCUACAGUGAAGCAGAUAAGUCUAUACUGGAAUGCUUAAAAGAUCUUUUAAUAAAGAAUUGGCUUCUAGA